AUGGGGAGGGAGCUGGAGAGAGGAGAAGGAGAAAGCUAGGAGAGGUGUAAGCUGUGUGGAAGCUGUGAACCUGUAUCGUUGUUGGUGCACCUGCACAGGUCCCUUGUGCUCCCCAGAAACAGGUCUGAAAUAGUGGUCUCCUAACAAUGAACAGAGCUACAGCGACUUGCUGGAUGGUUAUUUUGCUUGCAGCUUUUAUUUGUGAGAAUGUAAUUUCAAAGGGAGGAAGAGGAGGAGCUCGAGGUGCUGCCCGAGGCGCUGCUCGUGGUACAUCACGUUCAGCAUCCCGUACAAGGGUGAAGUCUUCUACCCGUUAUGGUUCAUCUGGGUCAGCACUUCGAGUAGCAGCUGCUGCAGCAGCAGGGGCUGCAGCUGGGGUAGCUGCCGGAGCUGGAGUACGAGGUAUGCGGAGAUCUUCAGACUUCAAUUUUGAUGCCAACUCAGCAAACAGUAACAAGACAUCUGAUGAUUAUAGUUACAGUGCCUGGACAUCUGCUGCAAAUUCCAAGAAUCCUGUCUUUGCCACAGUUAUGUCACUCAUCACUGUAAGUCACCUGUUCAGUUACCUUGCCUUCUGAUGGCAUUGCUACCUAAGACACAACAGGAAUGACAUUCUUCUGGACAAUAAUACCAUAUUGUCUUCAUAUUAAGACAAAACCAAGGCAAGAUUACCAUUCAGAAAGUGUUGUAGUGGUUUAGACAAAGUUUGUGUAUAAUGCAGCACAAAAACCUAGUGUCAGUGAAAACCUAUAUUGUUAAAAUACUGUAAGUGCAGGGGAACCUCACAAACAAUUUAUUUAUAAUAUAUAGAUGUGCCAAAUUUGUAUUGUUCUUAUUGUAAACUACUGUGUUUUUGUUACUGGUUUCCUAAAAGCAGACAGACAUGUUACACACACACACAAACACAAAACAAGGUUAUAGUGGUCGCUACAAAAUGAAGUGAUCUGAAUACUGAAUGUGUUAUAGGUAUACAGUUGUUUUCAUUUUCUUCAGAAUUACACUACUUUUACAGCUUUUA